AAUACUACCGGUUCUCAUUUGUAGCUAAACUUCUUUACAUAAUAGACGCAUAUCACAAGUAUAAUGGCUGUAAGAGACGACUUCACGGAUUGUGAGACCAGUGCACGACUCGAUGGGAAAGUGGCUCUUGUCACGGGCGCCACAGCAGGAACCGGUCUAGAAAUAGCCAAAAACUUAGCCAGGAGAGGAGCCAAAGUCAUCAUAGCUAGCAGAAAUCCCAAAAAGCUUGAUGACGCUAGAAGAAGCAUCGUAGAAUCUUCUGGGAACAGCAAUGUUGUCACCAGACAAAUGGAUUUGGAAUCUCUGUCCUCAGUCAGAAGAUUUGCCGAUACAACGAUGAAGACGGAACCGAGGUUGGACAUCCUGAUCAACAAUAUCGGAGCGAUCGGUUUAGAAGACAGGAUGACCGAGGAUGGUCUGCAGCUGAUGAUGCAAGUCAACUACUUCGGGACAUUUCUUCUUACAUACCUCCUGUUCCCAAUGCUCAGAGCUUCAGCGCCGGCAAGGAUCGUUAAUGUCUCAUCUUUGGCUUUGAUCUUGGGCACUAUAGACCUGGAUAACUGGAACGACGUUGGAAAGUACUCAAACUUUGGAUACUACUGCAACGCAAAGUUGGCUGACGUGCUCUUCACAGCCGAGAUGGAGAAAAGGAUCAGAGGUACCGGUGUCAGUGUUUACAGUAUGGAUCCAGGGUUAGGAAAGUCGGAAUUUUUCCGUAAUUUUGACAACGACUUUAUUCGGAACGUGUUCAAUUCUGCGUUACUGGUGUUCGGGAGGCCGUUGCAUAGAGUAGCGACUAUGGCAGUGUUUUUAGCAGUGGAUCCAAAGUUUGAUAGUGAAAGUGGGAAGCACUAUAGAGACUGUCAUGAGUUCUACAGCAGUUGGUACGCGAAUGAUACAGAGCUGACCAAAAAUGUUUGGAAGGAAACUAAGCGCCUCGUGAGAAUAACAAGGGAAGAAGAUUGGGAUGCUGUCUAUUAAAGGAGUUUGUUUCGAUGAUCAUCAUACUCGAAAUAAUUUAUUUUUCUAUUUUAUUCUAAUGAUAUCUGUGCGAAAUACGUUACCAUACGCAUACCUUCUUAAUUCAAAUGUCAUUGCAAUUAUUUAUGAGAGGCAGUUGUUUAAUGUGCGUUAUUUAAAGUAGAAUAUAUUAUAUUUUAUUAAUUUCA